CUGCCCCUGUGUCUGUGAGUGAAAGCGGAGUCUCAGAGUGAGGAGUGCAGUGGUGGCAGCUCUCAGCAUAGGGGCACAGGAGCUGAGACACACUGCCUCUGUGUGUGUGUCUGUGUGUACGUGAACGAGGCCAAACACUCCACCAGGCUGCUUUUGUCAGCUUCACUCUUAUGUGACACGAGUUGAAUCCUCGUUAGCUCCAGGAUUGUGUUUCCAUGAUUUUUCUUUCCCCUCUGGGAAGUAUGUGUAUGUGUGGAGGGGAGGGCGAAAGAAUGGAUCCAGUGCUGUUUUUGGUUCGGGACUAGGAUUGCACUGUUUGUUGGUGGCGGGGGGGUGGAUUUUAAUUAAGAGUGCGGCCGGGGUAAGGAGGGAGAGAGAGAGAGAGCCGGCCCCUGCAAUCUCCCCCAGGUCAGCCCCAAUAUCGAUGGGAGUUCUCAAACUCGGGGCUUGUUUGACUGUUCCUCGGGGACCAUGUCUGCCAAGGAGAAUGCAGCUUGUAGAAAAUUCCAGGCGAAUAUCUUCAAUCACAGCAAGUGUCAGAACUGUUUCAAAUCCCGGGAAUCGCAUCUAUCCUCCGAUCAGGAUUUGACCCAGGCAAAGCCGAUCUAUGGGGGCUGGUUAUUGCUGGCUCCUGAAGGAACUGACUUUGAAAAUCCAGUGCAAAGAUCAAGGAAAUGGCAGAGAAGAUUUUUUCUCCUGUACGAACAUGGCUUACUGCGUUAUGCAUUGGAUGACUCGCCCAGCACACUUCCGCAAGGCACCAUCAAUAUGAAUCUCUCCACUGAUGUCACUGAUGGUGAGAGCAAGACAGCUCAGAAGAACUCACUUUGUAUUGUCACGCCCGAGAAGCACCAUUUCAUUCGUGCAGAAAACAAAGAGACCAUAAAUGGCUGGUUUGAAAUGCUGAUUGUGUAUCCACACACGAACAAACAAAAUAUGAAAAAGAAAAGGAAAGUGGAACCCGCCACACCACAGGAACCGGGACCUGCUAAAGUUGCAGUUACCAGUAGCAGCAUGCCAGCCGCUGAGAAAGUCCCAAGCACGAGGUCAACACUCUGGCAAGAACAAGAAGAACUGAAAAAUAAAGAGCUCCAUGUCAUCAGUCCCAUGAUGAAAAGCCCUUCGAAAAACCAGUCUUCCAUUGUUCCGUCGUCUGAACCAUCAGCAGUACUGAAAGAAGCAGCCCAGAGUGUGGUUGAUAUUAAUGAGAUGGACAGUCAGCAGAAAAAGCGUGUGGAGAGUGGCUACUUUUCUCUGGAGAAGCUGAAGUCCGAAACAAAGCAUCUCAUCACCCCUCCAAGAAGCAGCAUCACCAGCAGCAGUUCUUGUGUUAGCCCUUCCCAGAGCUCCUUCGAUUCAGAGACCAGUGGUGCCACGCUGUCGAGUAUUGAAAGUUCAAGCAGCAGGGUUGGGGAAGGGUCAAGCCAUUCUCCAGCUACACGAAUAAAUCUGGACUAUGCCAAAAUGGCAGAUGUCCCUAAAGCCAAGAGGAUCAGCGACAAACAGGCCUUCCAAGCAAAUAAGGACCAGGAGCAGCGAUUUCGUACCUGCAGUCCUGGCAGAGCGGAGUUGACACGGUUGUUUGGCUCAGAACGAAGGAGGUCACAGGUUAUUGAACAGUUUGAGACCCUGGAGAUGAAGCGAGCCCAGCAGAUGGCAUCCAGUUCCUCUUCUGAGUCUGAUUUUCACAACACAAGAUGCCGAGGUCGAAGCGAGAAGAGAUCCUACCCAAGGCAAAGAGAUUUUGUAUCGGAGUCAGACCAAGUCAGCUCUCCUCCAGAUGUUUCAGCCGUGACUCUUCCACAGUACCGCAGGGCAAAGUCACUGGACAGGAGAGCCACUGAGUCAACAGUGACGCCAGACCUACUGAAUUUUAAGAAAGGUUGGAUGACAAAACUCUCUGCAGAUGGUCAGUGGAAGAAGCAUUGGUUUGUCCUGACUGACCAAGUUCUGAAGUAUUACCGAGACUCUGCUGCAGAGGAGACAGUGGACCUGGAUGGUGAGAUUGAUUUAAGUAACUGCUACAAUGUCACUGAAUAUGAAGUGCCAAGGAACUAUGGAUUUCAGAUCCAUAUGAAAGCAAAGGUGUACACGUUAUCUGCCAUGACGUCAGGGAUUCGCAGGAACUGGAUCCAAGCGAUAAUGAAAAAUGUGCAUCCUGUCACUACACCAGAUGUGACCAGGAAGAACGUUCAUUUGAAAAUGUCUGUGCUGAAACAAAGGAGUAUCCCAGAGGAGAAAAUGAAAGUAAGAAGUCUGUUUGAAGGCACCUCAGUCAAUGGGGAAAAGCCAGCAUUAACCUCAAAAGAUGUACCUGAUCUAGAAGCUGAACCGAAGAAAAGCAGGGCCUUGGAACGAAGAAAAGAAGGACGCUCCAAAACGUUUGACUGGGCAGAAUUUCGUCCAGUUCAACAGUGGCACAGUGGAGGUCGUGUUCAUAGACCUACUUCCAUGUAUAUCAGAGACAUGGCCAAUCCUGCAACAGACUCUCAGGAAUUGGAAAAAGACCGUGCCCGGCGACGAGAGGAAAGGCGCAGACGAUUUGAGACAACUGAUGUUGCUAUUUCCCCGGGUCACAAUGAUGUGAAUAGGAUGGAGGUAGAUGGAGCCAUCACAACCACCAUAUCCCCGGGACCUAAAAGCGUUGAUGUUGAAAUUGAACAUAGAUGGCAGGAAGUAGAAUGUACCCCAUUACGUGAGGAGAAACAAGUUCCUAUCCUCACUACACAGAUCUCCAGCGAUGGAAGACCUCCUGCCCAGAACUUGGUCUCAAUACUGGAGAAAGAGUUGGAACAAACUCACCAGGCAGUCUUCAGGCUGCAUGAACAAAACAAGGAGUUGCAGGCGCAGCUCAGGGCCGCUCUGGAAAGGGAACACAAUGCGCGGGAUGGUUAUGUACUGCAGUCUAAGAGAAUAUCCUCAUCGCCUUCAGCACGGCAAAGACUCCAAAAACUAAACCAAGACCUCCAAAAUGAGCUCAUAGCUCAAUACCAACAUCAAGCACUGAGCAAUCAGCAACUGCAAACUUUAAAACAGAGCAAUAAGGAAGCAAAUGAUAUAAUUCGCAAACAGGUGAUGGAAAUACUGAAGUUGCAGGAACAGUUAAGUUCCACAGUGUCUGAAGGGGCAGAUAAUGAGCAAGCAAUGACCAAACAAAAGGAGGAACUACUGACUGAAAACCAGUUGAUCCAAGAGCAGUGGAAGGAAUGGAAACAGAAAGAGAAAACAAUGAGAGUGCAAUUAACGGAUAGUGAGGGCAGACCAUAUGUUGCAGAAAAUUUCAGGGGAAUUCAGUCUCCCAAGGAAUUGGUGAAACAACAAACCUUGCAAAGAGGUUUCCAAAAUGGAAUGUGUGACAUCAGCGAGUUCUGUGCCAGGGAACAGGAAAGGCUCCAAAAACCCUAUUCAAACUUAAAACAAACUUAUGAGAAGGAAGAAAUCCAAAACCAAAAGGUGAUUGAUACAGAAGAAAAACGUGUGCAGCCUAAGGAUAUACAACUGGUGGAAUAUCCAGAGAUAGACAUGACAGCAGGUACAACAGAGAAGUAUCUGAUAAUGCGCCAAUUGGAGGAGAAGGAAAUAACAAUUCAGACUUUGUCACAAUGUCUUAAAGAGGUCAGAAAUGAAAGAGAAAAACUGACGUGUAGAUGUGAGGAGCUGGUUAAUCAGUUGAUGUUGGCAGAUGCCGAGAAUGCCAAGUUACAGAAUCAGCACACUGAAUUUCAGAGUCUGGAAAACUCAUAUGAAAAGUUAUCUGGUGUGUAUCAGCAAACUCAGAGAAUGUUGGAAGAGAAAAGUACAGAACUGGAAGAGGCCAGAGAGGUACAGAAAAACCUCAUUGCCACGAAGGACAGAAAGCUUAAUGAAGCCCUGGUUAAACUGACUGCACUGGGGAGUAGCCUGGAGGAAGCAGAGAAGAAAUUGCAGGCCAAAGAGGCAGCUUUGCAGAAAUUCCACUCUGCUAGUUCCAACACAAAUAGUGUGGAUGAUGGAGAAGACUUUCAGUUCAAACUAAACACUGCCAGAUGUGAUAUUAUUGAACUAGAACAACAAUUAAAUACAUUACAACUUGGAAAUGAAGAGCUUGAGCUUGAAAAUAACAAACUUAAAGAGGAACUUAAAGUUUCUGAAAAUAUUCGACUCCAACAAUAUAAAGAGUUUAUGAAGACAAUAGAAGAAUUAAAAUCUCAACUGAAUUCUUCAGAUUUUCAGGCCAGGGAAACAAAGUCUUCAGUUUCAGAAAAUGUCAUGUUCAAGCCAGCGCCUUAUAGUUGUCCCAAUAGGCAAAGAAUUAGGUUCUCCAGUAUACACUGCCAAAGAUACAGUCCAGAAGACAGAACAGAAAAAUUGUGGGUGAACAGUACUUCCAAUGUCACUUUGGCUGGGUGCUGUUCUAAAGAAAACAUCCCACCAGAUGCACUAGCAUAUGGUGAACCUGCAGAAGAUGAAGUACAAUUGCAUAAUUCUAUUGUUCAUUCACUUGAAAACAAAUUUUAUGCUUCUGAAGUAAAAGAGAAUAUAAAUUUGAAGUUGGCAGAGUGGCAAGGUAGAAGCGCAGAACACUCUAAGUUGGUAACAACUGAAGUGAAACUCCCAGACAAUGUUUCUAAAACUGACCCACUGAUAAUGCAGCUUCAGGUGGAAAAAGCACGGAGAUAUAAAUUAAUCCAAGAUAUCAGCAGCCAAUUACGGUUGAUGAAUCUAAAGCAUGACCAAGUCUGUUCUUUGAUAGAUACAUGCAAGCAAAAUAUCUGGUGUUUCCUUGGAAAUAAGACAGACUCAAACAAAGGUCACUUUUAUAGCUUAUUAGAAAUGAAAAGCAUUUUGGCUGAUGCUUCACAUUGCUUGGAGCAAGUGGAAACAUUCCUCCAAAAACAGCUCGAAGAGCUUCAAGAAACUGAAGACCAGGUAUGCUGUAACUCAGCUAACAGGACUGUUCCACUUGAGGAACAGUUUCUGUUAAUGAGGAAGAAGGAACACUCUCAGCUACGUAAGAUUUCAGGUGAAAACAAACUGAAACGUUUUGCUGAUAAAUUAGUCUUUGAAGCUCAAAUUCUCGAGGAAAUGUCACAAGCUUUGCUUAAUAAAGAUAGUGACAUUGUAUGGAGCUUAGAAAGUCUAAGUAAAGAAGCUGAGAUUUUGACAUCAGAUUCUCCUGCUUUAGAUAUGGUCAGGGAACCAAGCAGUCCUGCAGACUUCGCAGAAAUCUUGUUGAGAAAAGCCAUUUCAGAAGGAGAAUUCUGGAUAGAAGUUGAGAAGUUGAGGAAGAAUAUUCAACCAGAAGAAACUGCUGAAGGAAAAAAGGUAGAUAGUGAUGUGGGUUUUGUUAACGAGUUUGUCACUGGAGCAGCUAACAAUGCAUCACUUAAAGCAGAGUUGGCUUUUACAAUGCAAAAGAUACAAGAGACCUUCAGAGCACAAGUUGGAAAACUUGAAGAUGAUAUUCAGGAUGCUCAUCAAGAAAUUGCAUACAAGGACAAUAUGUUGAGAGGGAUUCUAAUAGCUUCCAAGACUGAUGAGGUCAACAAGGUCAUGCAACAACUUUUGGGGGAACGUGAGGGAACGGUUCCUGAGGGAAAGAUAAUAAAUAUGGAAGAGCCAGAGCUUAUGUCAUACGCAGAGCAAAUCAGAAGGGAAGAGGCCCGGAGUCUGGCUCUAAAUGUUGUUGAUAAACAGUUGAGAAAACAUUUUCCUGAAAAUAAAGUGGAAUGGGAUUUUUCAGAAGUAGUCAGAGAGGAAUUAGCUGAACAACUAAGAAAACAAGCUGUGGUUCUACGGCAAUUAUCUGAAGAUUUGCAUGCUCCAACAUCUGAGAAACCCAGCAAUAUUUGUCAGAAGUUACAGGAGGUAUCUGAAGUGUUGUCUUCCUACGUCUAUAUGCACAACAUUAAUAAUUAUGCAUCUGUAUUGGUGCAAGAAGCUAUAAUUCAAGCUCAGAUUACUUAUGUGAUCUGUAGAAUCAGAACAGAGCAUGAGAAGGAGCUCAAAAUAUAUAAAGAUUCAUGUGAUAAUAUAGACACUUUGUGUCAAGAGCAUGCAAAAAAUCUUGUGUCUGUUCGAGAAAAAUAUGAACAGAUACUUAAAAAGGAAUGGGAUAAAUACAGUCUUACACUUGCAGGGCUUGAAAAAGAAAAUGAGACCCUCAGGAGGCAGGCCUGUCUGCAGGUCUCAGAACUAGAACUGAAACAAAAAGAACUGCAAGAAUUAGAAGAAAGAUACAAGUAUUGUCUGCUCCAGAUUGAAGCAGAGUUCCAGCUGCCAUUAAGCAGAAAUCUGAUCAUUACGGAAGAGACGAUGAAACAAAGAAUGACCGAUCAAAAUUGGGAACAGAAACACGGAAAGCCGGUGAAGAAAUUAGAAGAAAAUUUACAAAAUAACACACAAGAGCAUUCACUAAUGCAUGAUGAGGAAAAGCACAACCAAUAUCAGCAGCACAUUCAAGAUUUAGAAGAUUCUUUGGAACAUCAAAAAGAAAAUUCUGAAAUUGUGUGUCACCAGAACUUCACGAUACAGAACAGUGAAUGUGUUGAAGCAGAUGGUUUGUGCAACACCGUGGAGGUUGGUAGAAUCUCACAACGUGUUGAGAAGCAGGCAGAGCUGGAAUCUAUGACAGUACUGCAUGAUCGCAUCCAGGCGCUAGAGACCCAAAUGGAUAUGAUGCGUGAUGAAUUGGGGCAGAAGCACCAAGAGGGAACCAUUGCAGAUCUAAGGGAGAAAUACCAAAGAGACUUGGACAAACUAAAGGAAACCUGUGAGCGUGGUUUCACAGCAAUGGAAGAAUCACACCAGAAGGUGAUUGAAGAGCUACAAAAACAGCACCAGCAUGAACUGGAGAAACUACAGAAGGAGAAGGAUCGCCUACUGGCUGAGGAAACUGCUGCAACUAUAGCUGCUAUUGAAGCAAUGAAGAAUGCCCACAAGGAGGAGUUGGAGCGAGAGUUAGAGAAAACCCACUGGUCCCAGAUCAGUGGCAUGAAUGCUGAUAUAGAGACUCUGGGUAGACAGCAUGAAGAGGAGAUGGGAUCUGUCCAGCGGGAGCUGCAGGUUUUGUCAGAGCAGUACUCCCACAAAUGUUUGGAAAACUCUCAUCUGGCUCAAGCAUUGGAGGCCGAACGACAGGCACUUCGGCAGUGUCAGCGUGAGAAUCAGGAGAUAAACGCUCGUAACCAGGAGCUAAAUAACCGCCUGGCUGCGGAAUUUGCAAGGUUAAGGGCACUAGUUACCGAGGAGGGGAAGGGAGGGGAUGCUGGCUCACCCCUCUCACUAGGGAAAGAUGUCUAUGAACUGGAGGUUUUAUUGCGGGUCAAAGAAUCUGAAAUUCAGUAUCUAAAACAAGAGAUAAAUUCUCUGAAGGAUGAACUACAGAUCGCACUGCGGGACAAGAAGUACGCUACAGAUAAGUAUAAAAGCAUCUACACAGAGCUUAGCAUUGUACGAGCAAAGGCAGACUGUGAUGUCAACAGGUUAAAAGAACAACUAAAAACUGCUACAGAAGCUCUGGGAGAGAAGACAGUAGACUGCUGUGUUACUAGUUACGAUAUCAUGAAGUCAAAGAGUAACCCAGACUUUUUCAAGAAUGACAAGCCAAACUGUAGCAGGCCUAUGAGAACUCUGAGGUCAAAGAGCUUGAAAGAAGGUCUCACAGUUCAAGAAAAGAUGAAGCUUUUUGAACCCAAGGACUAGGAGAUUUCUGCAUUCAACACUGCCCUAGGUCACAGCCUCUCUCUCUUCAAUAAACAGACUGCCUCACAUUGUAAUAAUUAAUCCUGGAGGGAAAACAAACAUCUAGUUCAUUCUGACUUUGCACAUUAGCCCAUAAUGUGACAUUUAAUUAUUAGCAUAUUCGUAAAUCCAUGUCAAUGUUAUGCUUAAUCUGUGUUAAAUGCUAAUGAUUCUCUUCAGUAAAGUAACCAAAAAUUGUUUUAAAAUUUGGAAAUUUGUCCUCUUACUUUUAGGAAAAUAAUUUAUUUUCACAAAAGAAAUCUGGUUUUGCUAGCCAUUGCAUCUACAGUAUGUUUACUGCUUAGACUCCCAACGGGUGGAUGUCAGGUGCUGCAAUUCUAUUACGGUGGAAAGGUUUCCUGACUUAGCAAUCUACUUUCCUGUUUAUUUCUGGAAAAGUGUGGUAGUGGCUAUGAGAGAAGGAGUGUAGGUUCCUUCAAAAGAGACAGGAGUGUCCAGCAACACUGCAUGGUUUAAUGGGAGUCAGGGCAUGCAAAUACUAACCUUGUUGGUUACAACAGUCUAUUUAAGCACUGUCUGUUUAUGCUUACUCAUUUGAAUUCACUAAUAACUGCUUCAACGUAAACCAUUGUUGCAGAGGAAGCUUCAACCAGGUGUUGAGCUCUAUGCAUGUGUAAACUUUCUCCUGUUGAGAGUGUGGGCACAAAGUAGGGAGCAGGAUAUGCAUCAUAUGCUUCCUGUCUGCUGUGUUAGAGGUAUUAACGGCUGUUUAGCACCAAGAAAACAGACACUGCUCAGUCAUAUUUUUAAGUCCUAAAGUCAAAAUGUAUACUACAACAGAGCACAAAAAUGUAGUAGCUUUAAAACCAAACCUAAUUCUACUGGGUUGAGUGGAAAUAGAAAUAGAUGACAAUCUAAGUUAAUCAUUGCCUCUCGUCUCCCAUUCUCAGAUUGUGAUGAGAGCAAAUUUAGGAAAGGCAAACUUAUCAUGGGGAAAGUAUGUGCUUUUGUAAGUUAGAUAUUUGUUCCAUCACAAUUUACCUCCAUAAGAUAUGCUAUUGGUAACUAAAUUGACAAACUUACUAAAGAAGGAAAGUUAUAUUGGUGCAGUGGGGUUACUGAGACACACUAUUCAGAAAAUGUGGAAGGAACUCAGAUGCACGCCUUAAAUGUUAAGUGUUUGAUUCCCAAAGUAUGCAAUAAAUUAGGAUUUUAACUUUUAAAAAUGUAAAUGACCAUUUCAAACAAAUUCAAUCAUUCCCUGCUAUUAUGUAAUAGUACUGCAACUAUAUGAAUACAUAAGUUAUUACAGAUGAUAUAGGACAUGCAAUGCUGUACCUGCAGCAUAUCUGUGAAAGCACUGGAUUAUGAUGUACUUUUUGCAGAUCCCAGCUAACCACCUCUGAUUUAUCAGACAAUCAGUAAGUGAAACGUUUCUGUAGCUUAUGUUGUUUGACAAGCCAUAUGCAGAAACUGAGAUGACAAUUUUUAAAUCUAGUGAAAAGAUUCUGCAUCAGAUUGUGCUGGUGAACACAGUGGUUUCUGUGUAAUUGAACCAGAGCUGUUCAACCCAUUUUCCACCAUAAAAUUCCAGAUUUCUAAUUUGUGAAGACUUCCAUAUUGUGUUGAAGGUCUACCGAAAAAAAUGUUUUUAUUACAGUAUGUAACUUAACUUGGAGUAGCUGCACAGAAUUGACAGUAAUAUUUACAGACAAGUUGUCAAUUCAAUAGCAUUCUGUAUUUACUACUGAGUUCUUUAUGACAUUAAAGCACUUGAUUAAAAUUAGGGAGAUGCAAAGUU